AACUGUAUUUUAUAUUUAACUUAUAACGGAGCGUCUUAAAGGCAAUUUAAUAUUUCUUCAUAUUUUUUAAGCUACACAUUUUGCGAAUUCUCUAAGAAUAAACAUGAGUUUGUCGUCGCAGGAUACUAAAACCACAGACGCAGUCAAACUUCUCUCCCAAAGGAGCUCCCGGCGCAAUCGUACACAAAAUUUGGAAAAGGAAGUGGAAUUAAUAAUGUCACAAGAAGACGAUAGUGAAGCAGAGACAUCGAAGGAGCAAUAUAUUCCGGUUACAUCUAAAGCAUACAGAAAGAAUGACGGGCAGAAUCAGUCGCUAAGCUUGGUGAAAAGCGACACAGCGCAGACGCCAAGACGUAGCACCCGAAAAAGCAUCAAACCAGUUCAAGAGUAUGAGGAUAUUGUAGGCCGAAGACGUGAACUAAGGUCUGCUUCAAAAGUUGGGGAGGAACAUGUAUUGGAAGCCGAUGAGGAACCUCAAGCCAAAUGGACGCCAGCGAAGGUGGGACGUGUGUCUCAAAAACGUAGUCGUAAAAAUCGUAGAGUUGAUAAAAAUAAGUCAAAAUUGAUUACUUCAAGUGAAAAUGAGGACCCCGAAUAUGAAAAAGACAACUCUAAUCUUAAAAGUAAAUUUAAAGAAAUUGACUUAAUCGGAAGAGAAAUAAAAAAUGUGCAGUCAAAUGAUGCAAUGGAGAAAAAUGUGAAGAGUGCUGAAUCGGUAAAUACAGAAAAAUGUGAAGCGGCAAAUAAUUUGGAAUGUGAAAUUAUUGAGAGUGAAAAAAGUGAAGAAACGGCAGAAGAUAAUAGUGGUACUUCAUCAGAAGAAUUUGAAGCUCCUCUACGAGAGGAUAUUAUAAAUGUUGAAGAGAAUGACACUCAAGAAAAAAGCGUUGAAAACUCCAUAAAAGAUGAUGGUUUGAAGCAGCAAAAGGACGGUUUCGGAAAUUACUUAAAAAAUAAUUACAUGGAUAUGUCUAAUUUGGGGCUUAAUCCUAUAAUUGAUGAAGAUGUUGAGAAAGAGGAAAAGGGAACAAAUGAUGAAAGAAUGAUUUUGGAAGAUAAAGGUGAAUCUUCCUUUGAAAAAGGAUCACAAGCCACGAUUGACAAUACAGAAAUAACAGUUAUAACCAUUAACGAUGACAUUGAAAAUAAGAUAGUGAAAGAUACAGGCAAAACGUCUUUCAUUAAAACAUCUGAGGCUACAGAGGUAGGCGGUUCAGAAUUCCCGGUUGUUACAAUUGAUGACGAUACGUUGAAUAAUAGCGACUGCAUGUUAGUUAAGACAGACGCAGACGACGACAUGCAGCCAUUGCGAUUUUCUGAUGAUGAAAUUUCAACAUCAUCACCACACAAUAAGCCGCUUAUUAUUCUCACUACAGAUGAAGGGCAGCAGAGAGUUUUAAAUUCAACAAACUCAUCUAAUGAGGUUGUUACGCCGAAGAGGUGGUCAAAGGCGUCAGAACGAAGACCAACUCCUUUCAAACCCAAAAUUGUUGUCCCAGAAGACGAAGAUGACCUAGAUAAAGAAGGUUGUGCAGUGGAAGAGGAAUCGAUCAGCAUCGCCGUUUCCAAAAUGGAGCCUAAAGAAAUUGUGUUGCGUAGCAUCAGGAAACGUUCGACGUCUGUAUGUAUUGGUGGUGCGGAUGCGGUUAAUAUACGCAAGAAUGUAACAUUUUACAGUCCGGCUAAUCAAACAACGAUUUUGGAAGAUUUGGAUAUGAGAUUUGUGCAUAGUUCGCAGCAAAAUACCAACGAAAAAGCAUGCAGCAACGAAACUUUUAUUACUCAACGUCGCAAACGCUCUUUGUCCUUUGAUGAGGCAAUGAUAAAUAAAUCAAAAUCUCGAAACCAAACACCGAGCAAAGUGGGUGUGACACCGCAGAAGCUCAAGCCAGCACGCACCAAAUUACCAAAUUUUGCAGCUAUACAUCAGAAAAAUUUUGGCAAAAUGGAAAAUAUUGUAGAUCACGUUAAUCGUAAAGCAGAACGAGCUAAAAUACUCUCCAACUCCUCUACUAAGCCACGUCUUGCUUCUGCACAAAAAACAGCUACAAUCCAGCAGAUCACAACCAAUUCCGAUACAGACACUGGAAAAUCUAAAGCCGUAAAGCGCAUAAAUUUAACUACUUCGGCAAUUACAACUCUUUCAGUAGGAAACAAGGCAGCUGAUGCAAAGUGCAAAGAUCACCAUGAUUCAAAGCUUCCUAUGCCCCGAAUUGGUGUGUGCAAACCAUUGAUGACCACUGAUAUAACACACAUAGCAAAUCGUUCGGUAAAUCUACCAAAUCCACGCUUGGGUAUAAUUAAGCCUAACACCGCCAGCAGCAAAAAAACGACACCGGCUAAGAAUGUGCUCAAACCGAUACAAACACGGCAAGUGAUGCGACCGGUUUUCAACUUAUCAACGACACUCCAAUCGUCGCAUGUCAACAAUACAAAGUGUACCAACGAAGUUAUCGGUCCAAUGUCCAAUGGGACCUCAGUGUCGAAAUGUAUAAAUGUUAAACCCACAAAUGCUGCCAAAUCAAUUGAUGAGAAAUUGGCUUCACGUCGGCAACGUCACAUGGAUAUGUUUAAGGGGCGUGGGGCUAACUCGCGUACUACUCCCGGAACGGCGGAAAAGAAUUUAAGCCAACUCAUACGUGGCGUACGUUCAAAUCGCAGAUUUGAGCUGCAAAUGGCACAUCGUAGGAAUAUGGAACAUUAAAUCACUUACAAAUACUACCGUUUUUUUACAUUUACGUCAUUUAUGUUCUUUGUAUUACAUGUUUUAGGCUGUUUUAGCCAAAUAUUGUAUUUGUUUGUUUGACUUUAGGCAGUCAACAAGAAUUUAAAUUAUAUUUAAAUAUAUGCUACAUUCAAUGGAUAUUGCAUAACGCUAA